AUGUGGUUACUUCUAAAAGUCACUUCACGGUCGCAACGUGCCCUUGCUAUUUCUCCUUUCAUCCUAAAGCGAUCCUCCUCCUCGAAGAGGUGGCAAACACGUCAACUUAAAGAUCAUUUUACAAGAGCGGCAACAGUCCAAGGGCUGAAAAGUCGAGCUGCCUUUAAACUUAUUCAGAUAGAUGCGAAAUAUCGCAUUUUCCGUAACGGGCAGACUGUUGUUGAUUUGGGAUAUGCGCCGGGUUCGUGGUCUCAGGUGGCAGUCAGUCGGACUGGGCCAAACGGUCGCGUCCUUGGCGUUGAUAUCAUUCCUGCUCAGCCACCAGAGGGUGUAUCUACAAUUCAAGGAAACUUUUUGGAUCCUAGCAUCCAGGCCUAUGUCCAAGAUUUUUUGCAUGAUCCAACAAGGGACCAACGGCACCGCCCAGGCAUAAACCCAAAUAUCGGCCUGAGCCAUGAGGCGUCUGAAUUGGAUGUGGAUAGGAAAAACCCCACUCGCAACUACGGAGAGAUGGAAGAGCCUUGCCUGACUGGUAAAAGAACCGUGGACGUGGUUCUAAGUGAUAUGAUGAUGAAUACUAGUGGCAUGAGUUUCAGAGACCAUGCGGGAAGCAUGGACCUCUGCCGAGCUGCGCUACAGUUUAGUUUCGAGGUCUUGAAGGCAGGUGGCCACUUUGUUUGCAAGUUCUACCAGGGAGCCGAAGACAAAGAUUUGGAGAAGCAGCUCAAGCGGCUGUUCCAGAAAGAAUCUAAGGAAGCCUACUUCAUUGGUCUUGCACGCAAACAACAUGCAACGAGGCAUGACGUGUUCGCUUCUCCCUGA